AUGGCCUUGUCAGGUGCUGAGGCCCUUACGAUUAAUUCUGAUUCUUGCUUAAGUGCCGUUACUGUAGUCUCGAGCAAGACAUAUGCAUCCGACUGCAAAUCUUAUCUAUAUACUACUGUGACACCCAAGAAAGUCACUAUCUAUAGAACAAAGACUGUAACGAGCAUCCCGACAGUCAGAAAACCUGUAACGGCAAUCAGCACACAGCGUGUAACCGCCACAAGGACCAACUCUGUUGUACAGAGUGUUACAAUCGAUAUCACUACAACUGUGACAAUGGAUGGUACCAAGACAGUUACUCAGCAGACCACAAAGACAAUCACGACGACUGCCCGGAAUGUCAGCCCACCAUUCAAGAAGCGAGCAGCCAACGCCCCUGUCAUCCCUCCCUACGCCAGCAGCGCGUGCAGCAACUCGGCCAAAUAUUCGUCCGCAUGUUCUCGUGUUGGUGUAACCAGCAAAACCAUUACUCUUCCACGAACGACCAUCGUUUCAGUCAUCCACAAGGUUAUCAUUCCACGAAGAACCACCAUCAAGACCGCUAUCGCAACCGCCUAUGCCACCAAGACGGUCAAGACAGAGGUUGUCCAAGAGACCUAUUCCACUGAGAAGAUCGGUAAAGUAGUUGGGACAGAAGUGAAGGACAACAUCAUUGCCACGGAGACGAAGACCGAGAUCAGCACCAAGACAGAAGCAGCCGAUCCACUGCAAACAAUCGUGCUCAUCGCACACAACAGCGGGGAUCCCAACCUCGCCCCCCUUGGCGGUGUUGGUUUCACCCGUCUGGAGAACCAAAUCGGCACUGGCAAGUACUUCUUCGACUUUACAACCGAUGUUGACUCCGACGUGACCUUCACCCUCAACGAACGCACUGGGGAGAUUAAAGUCGUCAAUGGACCUGGAAAUUCGAUUGGAAAAGCCGGUUACUCCAACGUCAACGGAAACUCGGACAACUAUGUGCGCUUCAUGUCGACCGAGGAAGCUACAGCGAAUGCGGCCAACCGUUUCAUCUGCAAGAUCGUCCCAGCGACUUCGUACCCCUUGGGCCUCCAGUGCUUAUGGGGAACUAAUCAGAUUGCUGAUUUUUGGACGUGCUCUUCACGUCUGGUGCUUGUCCAGCCGGGAGUGGACUUCACGAGUCAGUGUACGGGUGCUUCUACGUCUUAUACUAUUGACAUAGAGGUCCGCUUGGCUUAG